ACGCAACGCAAGAAACUAAAAAACUAAAACGGCCAAGCCAUAUACAGAGCCAAGCAAGAACACACUUUGCCAACAUUGUGAAAAUACAGAAAACUAACAAUAAAGACCAGCGAUCGAGUGCCGGAGAAACAGAGUGAGGCGCGAUAGUUUCGCUAGUGUUUUCAAGGGCGAACCCCAACCCCAACCCGGACGAACGGAAGCAGUGCAAGAUUCAGUGCCAGUUCCCCCCGUAUCUGAGACGCACGGGUCCCAAGUUGUAGACCGGAGCCCACAAUUUCGACGAUUCUUCGCCGCCAAUAAGCGGCGCAUUUGACCGCCUGCCAAUAAACAUGGCCGCCAUAUAACCAGCCACGGCGGAUACGAGCACCUCGCACUGGUAUUGCGAUUAGACAAGCACACUAGCAAGUAACUAUUCCCACAAGGAGUACCCAAAACAGACCAAAGAUGAACAGCCUGGCGCGUGUCUUCAGUAACUUCCGCGACUUCUACAACGACAUCAACGCGGCCACGCUCACGGGCGCCAUCGAUGUCAUCGUGGUGGAGCAGAAGGACGGCGAGUUCCAGUGCUCGCCCUUCCACGUCCGCUUCGGGAAGCUGGGAGUGCUGCGCAGUCGGGAGAAGGUGGUUGAUAUUGAAAUCAAUGGCGCCCCGGUGGACAUACAGAUGAAGUUGGGCGACUCCGGCGAGGCCUUCUUUGUGGAGGAGUGCCUGGACGACGAGGACGAGGAGUUGCCGGCCAACUUGGCCACCUCGCCGAUCCCCAAUAGCUUCCUGCAGUCGCGUGACAAGGCCAACGACACCAUGGAGGACAUCAGUGGAGUGGCCGCCGACAAAAACGCUAGUGAGGAUUUGCCAAUUUCAUUGCCGUUGCCGCGUCGCAACUCCAUCGACUUCUCCAAGGAGGAGCCCAAGGAAGCCGCUGUCGAGGGCGGCAAGUUCGAGAACCAGGUUUCGGACUAUACACAGCGCAGGCACACGGACAACACCCUGGAGCGGCGCAACUUGAGCGACAAGCUCAAGGAGUUCACCACCCAGAAGAUUCGCCAAGAGUGGGCCGAGCACGAAGAGCUCUUCCAGGGCGAGAAGAAGCCAACAGAGUCGGAGCUGGAGAGCCAAAGCAAGUCGGUGACCGAGACUGAGCCGGAAAAGGUAAAGGAGGCAGAUCGGCAGGCCAAAUCGGCGGCCAAGGAGCCGCCAAAGCUGGAGGUAAUCAUGACCCCUGUCACGACCAACAGUGAGGCCACCAAGGAUGUGUCCAAGAGCAAGACCAAGAAGCGCCGUAAGAAGUCCCAGAUGAAGAAGAAUGUCCAGCGCAAGACUUCCUCCAGCAGCUCGGUGGGCAGUGCUGGUGGCGCGGACUUGGCAUCGGGCGAAACCCCCUCCCUGGGUGUGACCAAUAUCGAUGAGGGCGAAGCUCCCUUGUCCAGUGCCACUAACAACAACAACACCUCCUCGUCCAACGACGAACAGCCCUCUGCUCCCCUGCUAACCGCUCACACCGGAGACGACAGUCCGCUGAGCGAGCUGCCCCACACUCCCACGACAAACCAACGCCUGGACUUGGACAUCCAUUUCUUCAGCGACACGGAGAUCACCAGCCCAGUGGGCGGUGGAGUCAGGGGAUCGGGACGCGCCGCCGGCGGACGCCCCUCGACCCCCAUCCAGAGCGACAGCGAGCUGGAGACGACUAUGCGGGAUAAGCGCCAUGUGACCGACGACGACAAUGCCGCAUCCUGGAAGUGGGGCGAGCUGCCCACGCCGGAGCAGGCCAAGAACGAGGCCAUGAGCGCCGCGGAGGCCCAGCAGAGUGAGCGCCACUCCAUGCUCAGCAACAUGUUCAGCUUCAUGAAGAUGCGCAAGGUGUUCAACGACAAGGCCGGCGACAUCUACCUGUCCGACUUGGAGGCCGGCAGCAUGGACCCGGAAAUGGCGGCCCUCUACUUCCCCACGCCCAAGCCCAAGAAGUUCGUCCAGCCGGAGGAGGAUCGGGAGAGCGGAAACGGGACCAGCCUGCCCCACUCGCCCAGCUCCCUGGAGGAGGGUCAGAAGAGUAUCGACUCGGACUUUGAUGAGAGCAAGCAGCAGCCAGGCGGAGCCAAGUAUUUGGACUUUGUGGCCAUGUCGACGUGUGGAAUGCCCGAGCAUGGAGCCGCCCCAUCGGACGAGGAGUUCGACCGCAACCUGGUCAGCUAUCCGGACGUGUGCAAAAGCCCCAGCAUAUUCUCAUCGCCUAACCUAGUCGUACGGCUGAAUGGCAAAUACUACACCUGGAUGGCUGCAUGCCCCAUUGUCAUGACAAUGAUAACCUUCCAGAAGCCACUAACCCAUGAUGCCAUUGAGCAGCUGAUGUCGCAGAACGUGGAGGGCGGCAACAAGCCGGAAACAGCCGCCCAAGCGGACAAUGCUGGUCAGACCAAGCGCUACUGGUGGAGCUGGCGGCGUUCGCAGGAUGCUGCCCCCAGCCAUGUGGCCAAUGCCCAUGGAAUACCAACGGGCAAGGAUGAAAAAGAUGGUGACCAGGCGGCUGUGGCCACACAAACCUCGCGCCCCACCUCUCCAGACAUCACGGAUCCCACACUGAGCAAGAGCGACUCGCUGGCGAAUGCGGAGAACACCUCGGCCCUGGUGGACAAUCUGGAAGAGCUGACCAUGGCAUCCAACAAGAGCGAUGAGCCCAAGGAGCGCUACAAGAAGUCACUGCGCCUCAGCUCCGCUGCCAUUAAAAAACUGAACCUGAAGGAGGGCAUGAACGAAAUCGAGUUCAGCGUAACCACCGCCUACCAGGGCACAACGCGCUGCAAGUGCUAUCUGUUCCGCUGGAAGCACAACGACAAGGUGGUGAUCUCGGACAUUGACGGCACCAUCACCAAGUCCGACGUCCUGGGCCACAUCCUGCCCAUGGUGGGCAAGGACUGGGCCCAGCUGGGCGUGGCUCAGCUGUUCUCGAAGAUCGAGCAGAACGGCUACAAGCUGUUGUAUCUAUCGGCCCGCGCCAUCGGCCAGAGCCGGGUGACCCGGGAGUAUCUGCGCUCCAUUCGGCAAGGCAAUGUGAUGCUGCCGGACGGGCCACUGCUGCUUAACCCCACGUCCCUGAUCUCGGCCUUCCAUCGCGAGGUGAUCGAGAAGAAGCCGGAACAGUUCAAGAUUGCCUGUCUGUCGGACAUCAGGGAUCUGUUCCCCGACAAGGAGCCCUUCUACGCCGGCUACGGCAAUCGGAUCAAUGAUGUGUGGGCCUAUCGUGCCGUGGGCAUUCCCAUCAUGCGCAUCUUCACCAUCAACACGAAGGGCGAACUGAAGCACGAGCUGACCCAAACAUUCCAGUCCUCAUACUGCAGCAUGACGUACAUUGUGGAUCAACUGUUCCCGCCGGUGAAGCACGACGAAGCCUCCGCCGAGUUCUCCAACUUCAACUACUGGCGCGACCCCAUCCCGGACCUGGACAUACCCGAACUGGAGACGGCCCUGGUGCCGCCGAGCAACAAAACGGACGUGGCCACCCUGCGCCCCAUUCCCGAGAAGUGAAGCUACCUCUCGCGUACUAUAACCACAUAUUAACACGGAUAUGCAGCCCCCCCUCCCUCUCUAUAUAUACAUAUAGCGGUUAGAGCUUUCCAGACUUGGUUGCUUAGCUUUUGAACCAUCUAGAUGUGCUUACCAAAAAUGCAAUAUCUGUAACGUGCAUAGCUUAGCCAGGAUUCCAUUCUUAGCCUUGGUUUCAUUUCAUUUCGUUUCCUUAUAUCGUAACAUCUUGUAGUUAAAUGGGCGGACCUUUUUAGUUAUAAUCAAAAUUGAGUUAGUACUACUGGUAGUAGUUAGUUCCUUUGAGACUCCUGCAUGUUCUUAGAAGAAGCAGAAGCUGGACCAUGCAAGGAUGUUGUGAUUUUUCGUAUUUCGAUUUAAUUACUUUUCGAUUUCGUAUAGUAUGUGAUCAUUUAAAUUUAGUUUAAUGUGAUUGAGGUUUUAUUUGAAGUUAUUCUGAAAUCUGUGCUCUAGACCUAUGUUUACUUAAUUCAUAGUUUUUCAAUAAAAUUAAAUGCUUAGAAAUUCAACGAAAGCUGAAAUAAAA